GCUUUUGCGCACGGCGGACCUCCGACAAAAUGGAUUUCGUCGUCCUAUCCGGUCGCCGACUCCGCCCGAACCUAUGUAGAACCUGCAUCCGUCGACUUGCACCGCGAACGUCCCGAUCAUACGCCAGCACCAGUUCCAAGCAACCUGAUAUCUACGAUGUCGUCUGCGUCGGCGGCGGUCCCGCCGGUCUCAGUCUUCUUACCGCGCUGAGAGCGAAUCCAGUAACGGCCGGUCUAAAAGUCGCUCUCGUUGAAGCCCAGGACCUGCGCAAAGUGCGCGGGUGGAAGAUGCCGCCCGAUCGCUUCUCGAACCGAUGCAGUUCGCUCACCCCGGCCUCGGCGAAGUUCCUCGACGGGAUCGGGGCGUGGAGAUAUGUGAAGAGGGAGCGCGUGCAGGGGUACCAUGAGAUGCAGGUUUGGGACGGGGUCACGGAUGCGAGGAUCGAGUUUGAGUGGGCGAAGGGUAGGCGUGGUGGGACGAUCGCGUAUAUGACUGAGAACCUGAACUUGACGUCGGGGCUGCUGGGACGGUUGGAGGAGUUGGGGGGUGUGCAGGUGUUUGAUGGGGCGAAGGUUGAGGGGAUUGGGUUUGGAGACGAGACGGAGGAUUUGGAUUUGAGGGAGUGGCCGGUGGUUCAUCUAGCGGGUGGGAAGCAGUUGGCGGCGCGGUUGCUGGUGGGUGCGGAUGGGGCGAAUAGUCCUGUGAGAGCGUUCGCGGGGAUUGAGAGUAGGGGGUGGGAUUACGAGCGGCAUGGUGUUGUGGCGACGUUGGAGCUGGAGGGCGAGGGUUGGGGAGGAGACGAUAUGAAAAUCGCUUACCAGCGAUUCUUACCCACCGGCCCCGUCGCUAUGCUUCCUCUUCCGGGCAAUCUCUCAACGCUCGUCUGGUCUACCACGCCCUCGAACGCCGCCCUUCUCAAGUCCCUCUCGACGAAAGACUUCAUCGCCCUCGUCAACGCCGCCUUCCGCCUCCGUCCUGUGGACCUCGAGUUCAUGCACACGCUUUCUUCCGGUCAAGUCGACGAGCUGGCCUGGAGAUUACAACACACGCAAUUCAAUUACCAGGCUAUACCACAAACCGUCGUCGGGGUCCAAGAAGGCACUAUAGCCUCGUUCCCGUUGAAGCUACGACAUGCGGAUACGUAUAUCGGGGAGCGCGUGGCGCUAGUCGGCGACGCGGCACACUCGAUCCAUCCGCUUGCGGGACAAGGGCUCAAUCAAGGGCAGGGCGAUGUCGAAUCGCUGACCCGAACGAUCGAGUACGCGGUCUCGCACGGCCAGGACAUCGGAGCGCGAAUGUCGCUCGAGCCGUAUAACGCGGAGAGGUACGGUCCGAACCAUGUGCUACUAGGCGUGUGCGAUAAGCUGCAUAAGCUGUAUUCUGUGGGUAGCGGACCGUUGGUGCCGUUGCGGUCGUUGGGGUUGAACGCGAUUAACGCGUUGGGACCGGUCAAGAAUUUCUUCAUGGAUCAGGCGGCUGGGAAUGGGAUUAAACUAUUUUAGAUGGAUGGGCGUGUUUGAUGUAUGAGCUUCAAAUUGCUCGGCGUGUAUUUUAUGUAGAAUAUGACCUCGUGGCUUAUGAUAGACGAUGCGAAGAGUGCGUCUGAGACGAAGAAAAUAUGUCCAGAAUCCAGUAUCAUGACGUUGUCCUAAUACCUAGAUGAGACUUGGAGUGCGAUCGAGCUUGAUUGAUG